CUUCGCCAGCCGCACUAUGUCUGCCAUUUUCAAUUUUCAGAGUCUGUUGACUGCAAUCUUGCUGCUUAUAUGUACCUGUGCUUAUAUCCGAUCCUUGGCACCCAGCAUCCUGGACAGAAAUAACACUGGAUUAUUGGGUAUAUUUUCAAAGCGUGCCAGAAUUGCUGAACGGCAGAGUCCUCAUGUGGCGGGGUGCUGUAUAGUGAUGGCCUUCAGAAUCCUCUUCAUGCAGUAGCUUGGAAAAAUGCCCGAAUUUAAUUGCUGUCAGAUUUCAAUAUGAAAAGGGGAAUAUCUUCAGAAAAUGAUGGAAAGAAUGGUUAACCCUUUUAUCUCUGAACAUUGGAUGAGAUAAAUUUCCAGCUGCUGUUCUCUGUUUUUGUUAUU